AUGCUCCUUAUCGACGAACUUGAUUAUGUGUUUGAAAGCCAGACAAUGGAUAAUGUUACCAAUCAGUUGUUGACGGAGAUCGAUGGACUCGCUCCCCAGUCACAAGUCAUUCUAAUUGCGGCAACAAAUCGGCCUGAGUUGUUUCACCAAACAUUUCUUCGACCCGGUCGUUUGGAUGAGAAAAUGUUGGUUCCACUUCCUGAUCAAAAAGCUCGAGAAACUAUCGUCAAUAUCACAUUGAAAAGUUACUCUGCAAUGACAGAUGCUGAUAUCAUAUCUAUAGCCCAAACCUUAGAAGGAGCUACAGGCGCUGAUAUUGUCGCAUUUUGUCAAAAAGCAUGUAAAACAGCUAUUCGAGAAAUGAUUGAAAACGAGUCACAGAAGGAGCGAUUGAAUCCAGAUAUUCACUCAGAUGUUUGCAUCCGAAGAGAUCAUUUUGAACAAAUAUGGCGAACUCUGCCCCGUGUGUGUCUGACCAAUGAUGAAUAUAAAAAAUACGAAGUUUUUACUCAAAAAUGGCAGCCAUUUGAGAGAUUCAAUUGCUUAUUUCCAAAAUCUGCUGACAAUCCUGAAGGUAAACAAGCAUCGAAAGCUUACACCGAUGAUGACGAUCUAUAUGAGUAG